AUGUGUGUUUCAACAGGGCGACGGCUCGAGCGGCACCGCGAUCGUCACCGGGAUCGGGAUCGACACCACCGUGACCGACAACACCGUGGACAUCACCGGGGCAAGGGCUACAGCGGCAAGAACGGCAAGACCAACGGAAAGAGCGGCUACGAGCUCUACGCAGAAUUCUCCCACCUUUUCAUGAAACAACCCGGCCAGGUGGUUCUUCCGAAGGCUCGACCAGGGCAGUCAGUGCCGCCGCCGCCACCACCGCCUGUGCUACCGCAUGGCUUGACCGGCCACCGACCCGUGGUCUUUCAACCGGACUCGUUGCUGAAGGGCCGAGGGAAUCUGCCGAACGUGCCGAAUGUGCCCCACGUGCCGGUGAAAGUGCCGCCCCGGGUGAUGAAGGCGGUGAAUAUGCCAAGCAGCCUGGAUCAGUUGCAUAACCAGAUGGAGUGGCGACCACCGCCCUUAAAUCCGGCGGGACCCACACAGCUCCCCGGAUCGGGUCCAACCAGUGUUCAAGCACCCCUUCCGAAAAUCCGUCCCACCCAAAAAAGGCGAACUUUUCCGUCACAGACCUCGGAGUCUGAGGCAAAGCGCCUGCGUGGCGCAACAUUUGCCACGGAGCUGCGAUUGUGGCUGAGCGACUUGGACAACGGCAAAGGUGUGAUGCUGCGCUACGAAGAGGCAUUGACGGCCUAUGGCAGCUUUGAGGAGCUGAUGAAGCUUCGCAAUGAGGAUGAACAUGAGUGGGCUGAACAAAUCGACUUUGAAACACAAGGUCAUUUGCUGGUCUUCAAGAACGGCUUGCGGAAAAUGAGGGAAAGUCGGGGUGUGGAGGAGCCGAGCUUCACGAAGCCACAACCAAAGGCAAUGCCUGCCUUCGUCCAACCCGUGCCAAAGUCCAAAGCUCAACCAGCCAAGCAGGACGAGGCCGAAACAGAAGAGGUUCACGAGGAAGGUAUGGGCCAUGACUGGCAAGCUUUUGAGGAACUGCAGAUGGAACCGCUGGAGGAAGGCGAAGAAGGAGAAUCCGAGGUCGAUGAAGAAUGGCAGGAGGAUCUUCCAGAGAUGGAAGGCGAGCUGCGAUUGGAAGAAGAAGAGUGGGAGGAGACUUUUGUUUCCCAAGAGCACUUUGAGGAGGACGACAUUGGCAUGGAAAAGAUUUGGCAGGGAGUUCUGUCGAAGCCACAGUGGCAAUCGUGGCACUCCAAGUCCACGGAGCACACGGAGUACACGGAGUACACGGAGUACACGGAGCAACAGGAGUUCCCGGAUUUCAACGAGGAACAGGCUGAUGAGCACGAGGAGAUUAAAGAAGAGGACAACGGAGACGAGUUCGAAGAGGUCAUGGUGGAAGAGGAGAUCUUGGAGGCCCCGGUGACACCUCCAAAGUCCGCGCCCACCACGCCGCCCAAGCGCCCGGCAGCGCCGCCGUCGCCGCCGUCGCUGCCGUCGCCGGUGCCGAAGUCGCUGCUACGGCCGCCCCCCGUGGUGGUGCGACCGCCACCGAAGAACAAUGCGGCAGCUGCGGCAGGUGCUCCCAGUAACUCAGGCAUUCUGGGAGUGGCGCCCUCCGGCUAUGUGAUUCCCAAAAUUCGCCCAGCCGCGGUGCGGCCCGAUCAACGUCAGUCUUGGCCACCCCCUCCGCCGAGGCCCAUGGCCGUCUCUGGGCAAUGA